GUCUUUGUUGUUACUUGUUAUGUUCGUCAGUUUUAUUUACACGGUUACGCUAUAAACAUAUGGCGCGCGUUAGUGUCAAAAGUGCGUCCUUAUUCAACUUAUAGUAUUGUGCGUGAUUUGAAUGUGAUAAAUGAUAACAGUGCUGUUUCACGAAUGAUAAUAAAAUAAUUACAAAUGGUUAAAAAGAUUAUUGUUGUCGGAAUACGUCAUUACGAGGACCCUUUCUAUAAGUCGUUCGACGACAAAUAUAGACAUGUGACGGGUGCGAACGGGCCGCCAGCGGGAUGCGGCCACCAGAGGAACCGAUCCCUGGAUUCUGUCCUCCAAAGGAUACCAGAGGACAUGACGCCGACGUCGCCGGAGGGUGCGCCGCUCCGCAUACCGGGCGAUGUGCCCGCCCCACGGCUCGCCCUCCCGCCAGAAGUUCCCGCCGGCUCUGACGACUCCGGGAUACACACGCCACCAGACAGUCACGAUGAAGAAAGACCUACACCCGCCGCAGCAAGGUCGCGUGAGAGCCUCGAUUCUGGCAAUCCAGAAGACACAGAUAAACCCCCGGAUCCACCGGAUAUAGCCACCACACAGUGCGUCCCAUAUACGACAACUAAAACAAUUACUGCAACGGACACUGCAAACCACAAAGACUUUCUCUUGAGAUUGUUCGAAAGUAAACUCUUUGAUAUGAGUAUGGCGAUCUCAUACCUCUUCAAUUCAAAAGAGCCAGGUGUACAAACGUACCUGGCCAACAAACUGUUCUCAUUCCCACAUGAAGACGUCGAUUUUUACCUUCCGCAAUUAGCGACGAUGUAUAUAGAGAUGGGUGACGUUGCUGAAGUUUUACGGCCAUAUUUAGUGCAUAGGUGUAAACAAAGUGCUGACUUUUCGUUGCGACUCGCGUGGCUACUGACGGCUUUCGGCGGAGACGCCAAAAGGUCUAGAGCGACGAAGUUGAGGGAUUCAAUACUCGCUGAAGAGAUAAGGCCUGCGGCGAGAAGAGGGCACCAUAGAGCGCAUUCUGAUGCCUCCGCGUUGAGGCUCGCAACUCCAUCGGGAAGACAUUUAGGGGACCUGGCUUCUGGAAGAGCAUUCGAUAGCGGAUGUCUGUGCGGUGAACAGUGCUCGUGCGGUGCGCCAAGGCUAGCUCCACAAACACAGUUCUUAACAGCGCUCACGAACAUCGGACGCCGGCUAGCCAGCGUGUCCGACAAGGAGAGACGCAACGGGCGGCUGCGAGCCGAGUUGGUGACCCUCGACCUGAACUUGCCCGCGAGGGUCUGGCUCCCGCUGCACAAGAAGCCUCACUAUGUGCUCAGGAUACCCCCGCAUGCGGCUGCGGUGCUCAACAGCAAGGAUAAGGCGCCCUACAUUAUCUACGUGGAAGUGCUCGAAACGGAAGGCCACGAGCCGCUCCCCCCUCGCCUGUUACCCCCCGCGCCUCCCGCCCCGCACUCACCCCCCAUUCGCCAUACAAAAAGUGAAGAGAACCUAGUACCAGAAUGGCCAAGUCUCUCAAUGUAUUCGGCUAUGGAUGAUGUGGAUAAUAGCGACUGUUGGAGCCAUGAUGAUGAAGACGCCUGCUUCCAAGCGUGCCCGCCCAGGGCGUGCCCGGCUCCGGAUUGCGUGUCGCAGCUGUCGGUACAAUCCGUGCAGUCCGUACAGUCGGUGCAGUCGGCGUCGUCGUGCGGGUCGCGCGAGUCGCUGGCGGUGGGCGCGGGCGAGGUGCGGCGGCGGCUGGUGGACGCGACCGCCGCGCCGCCCGCCAACGCGUUCCGACACGACCCGCACGACCCGUCCGCGGUCGCGCUCAAGGAAUCGUGGGAGACCAAGUUAUCACGCAUGCGCGCAACAUCCCCAUACGGCUGCCUAGCCGGAUGGCGAUUACUCGGCUGCAUAGUGAAAGUCGGAGAUGAUCUUCGCCAAGAGAUGCUGGCUGCGCAGUUACUACGGCGACUGCAAGCCGUGUGGGAGCUGGAACGCGUGCCGUUAGCGCUGAGACCGUACGAGAUUAUAUGCCUGGAUAAGGAGUCCGGGCUUAUACAACCGGUGCUGAACUCAGUGUCGCUACAUCAAAUCAAGAAGCAAUCGGGCAAGUCGCUCCGUGCUUGGCUGGAGCUGGAGCACGGGCCGGCGACGAGCGAGGGCUUCCUGCGCGCGCAGCGCAACUUCGUGCACUCGGCCGCCGCCUACGCGCUCACCAGCUACCUGCUGCAGCUGAAGGACAGGCAUAAUGGCAACAUUUUAUUAGACAGCGCGGGACACAUCAUCCACAUCGAUUUUGGAUUUAUAUUUUCGAUAUCACCGAAGAACUUGGGAUUCGAGAGUUCACCAUUUAAGUUAACAAACGAAUUCGUCGAAGUGAUGGACGGCGAGAAUUCAGACAUGUUCGCGUACUUCAAGAUACUCAUACUGCGCGGUCUGAUCGCCGCGCGCAAACACUGCGACCAGAUACUGCAUCUCGUCGAUACUAUGCGAAUGGGUGGUCAACUGGCGUGUCUCCGAAGCAGUAGUUCCGUAUCUUCAUUCCGAGCUCGUUUCCACAUCGGUCGUACGGAACCCCAACUGCGUCAGCUCGUGGAUAGACUCGUCAGUGACGCUCUACAUUCGCUCUCCACCCGACUCUACGAUAACUACCAGUACUAUACUAAUGGUAUACUGUAGCGAUUGCCCGCUCUACAUAGAGACAUAUUAUAGCAACCAUGAUUGACAUAUGAAAAAUGUUCUCUAGCCGCGUUCGCCCGCUCUAUAGUGCCACAAACUUAUCUGACCCGGUGACAGUGUCACUGAUGUCGCUUUCUUUUUAUUUAAACAAAAUAUUCCGUAUGAAAAGUCUGUGAAAAUGUGACAUUUCAAAAUGGUGGCACGUAGUUCCAGUUUUUGUCACCGGGUCAGAUAAGUUUGUGGCACUAUACAUAGAUAUUUGUUACUACCAAUGACAGUAAUAUAACAAAGGAAUUGUGUUAUCGCGCCAGCCAGCUCUACAUAAAAACUCUGUCUACUGCUCUAAAUAGAGUCACGUUUUAAUAGUCGCUUCUAGUACAUCUUCUAUCUUAACAUACGAGAUACUAUAAAGCGACUAUUAACACUGUGGCUAUAACAGCACGCAUAAGCGGUGUUAAUUCUGGGUCUAGAAAUAAAACACUUAAAGGUACAUAGUGACAGUACAUUAUUGAAAAGAAUAUGAAAUGAGGGUAGAAACCCUCAUUACUUUCUCAGGUUAAAAACAAUAACUUUCUGAACAUACAUAUUGAAACAAAGUUUUCACAGAAAGGAAUUCAUACCAAUUACAAAUGAAGGUUUUUUGGUUAUAUACAAAUCAAGCAAUAGAAGAAGAUUUAGACACAUCACUGAAGUGAAAAUAUCACGAACUUUUUACCAAGACUAAAAUGUAUAAUUUGGUAAAAUGCAACAAAAAUCUCGAAAUCAAUAUUAUUCGAAAUAACAUCAAUACGAUUUAUCGUGUAAUAAUACUUAUGUAUUAUCCGUAAUAUUAAAGGAAUAUCUUUAUCCAUCGAUUGUGCGAUUACAUUUGAUAUAAUAUCCAAAUGAAUUAUGACAUGGCAUAAAAUUACAUACUUGAACUCACCACAACGUCAUAUGAUCUGAAAUUAUAUUCAAAACAUAACAUUUUAUAUUUUCAUCGUCACACUGUCUUUAUAUAAAGACGCAGUAGUUUCGAGAAAAAUAGUUUUUUUGCGCAUUAAAUGUUCAACCGAGAAGUUUUUUUUAAUAUUUGUGCCAUACACACACGUCAUGUAUACAUUAAAUAUAUGAACCAAUCAAUAUCAUAGUAUUGUUCUGUUGAACAUUUGUUUGACCCGUCCAUUGUAGUUUUCUGUAGAAUGUGUUUAGUACAUCAAAAGUUCGUUCACACUUCGUCGUGACGGCAAUUCGUUUAUUUAUUUUAUUCCAUCGUAUUUUAUAAAUGUUUCAUUAUGAUAAACAUUAUAUGUUUUGUCUCAUUUACUUACGCAUAAGUAAAGAUGCCAAAAUAAUGAUUAUUUUGAGCAUCGGUAAUGUAAGAUCUUGGUUGGCUAUGUUUUAGUUUGGUUCACUUGAGAUUUUUUUUCAAAAGAUUACAAUGUGAAAGCGUAUCGAUGUGAAAUACUAUAUUUUCCUGAAUUGGGUAUUAUUUUAGAAAUUUCAGCCAUAAAAAAAUUAUUUCAAAAUAUUUCCCCUCGCUACGUUUUCUCUAUCCAUCAAAGACAACGCCUUAUCAUCAAAAAAUAAAUUUAAUCUAAUAAUAAUACUAAAUAAUAAUCAAAGCCUUAGUAUAAUAUGUUUGGUUUAGUAGCGCCUACUGGUUCCCUUGUAAAUGAACAUGCAGAUGUAAGUCAGGAAAUGUAAAUAUAUAAAAAUAAUUUUCGCAAAGAGAAGACUGAUUGUUUCAGGCGUGAAAUGGUUUAGAUUUAGGUUUAUUAUCCGAAUAAGUUUUAAUGUAAAUUGUCUGUGUGGAUCUGUGGAAGCUAGGCGUGUAAACGAUUUAGUUAGACUUGGAAAUUAUUGUAAUUUGUAUAGUUAUGAUUUAGACAAUGUUAGAUAGACAUGUCCAAGACACCA